GUAAAACUUCAGCCUUAUACAAGAGGUCAACUGUGAAUGUUUUCAAAGCCCAUGGGUUGGUCCAAGCAUCAAUAGCUGAUUGUGUGACAGAGACUUUUUCUGCCAUUCGCACUGUUCGAUCAUUUGGGGGAGAAAUGCAUCAAAUGUCAGUGUUUGCUCGUGAGGUUCUUGGGUAUGAGAAGAGUGGCAUAAAGCUUGGGAUUUUCAAAUCUGUAAAUGAAUCUGUAACUAGGAUUGCAGUUUAUGUCUCCCUGAUGACUUUAUAUUGUCUUGGAGGGAUCAAAGUGAAAUCUGGUGAACUUUCCGUGGGAACUAUGGCUUCUUUUAUUGGAUACACUUUUACCUUAACCUUUGCAGUUCAAGGGUUGGUCAAUACCUUUGGAGAUCUUCGUGUGGCCUUUGCCUCUGUUGAGAGAAUCAACUCUAUUUUAUCUGGGGCUGAAAUCGAUGAGGCGCUUGCUUAUGCCUUGGACAAAGACUUGAAACAGAAGAAAGUAUGGGAUCCAAAUUUUGGACUAUUUGUGGCUGAUGGUUCUGAUGGAAGGCAAUCUAGAAGUUUGAGAUACAUGUCAUCCCUAAAAUCAGGUAGUGAUUUGCGAAGCCUUGCACGAUCUGGUGAUAUUUGUCUUGAAGAUGUGCAUUUUUCUUAUCCGGCGAGGCCUGAUGUUGAAAUCCUCAGUGGUCUAAAUUUGACCCUAAAAUGCAGUACAGUUACUGCCCUAGUGGGGCCCAGCGGUGCUGGUAAAAGUACUAUAGUACAGCUACUAGCACGUUUCUAUGAGCCAACAAGGGGUCGAAUUACUGUUGCAGGAGAAGAUUUGAGAACAUUUGAUAAAAGCGAAUGGGCACGUGCUGUAUCUCUGGUGAAUCAAGAACCUGUUCUCUUCUCCGUAUCGGUUGGAGAGAAUAUAGCAUAUGGUCUUCCAGAUGAGGAUGUCUCCAAGGAUGAUGUCAUAAAGGCAGCCAAAGCUGCAAAUGCUCAUGAAUUCAUAGUUUCAUUGCCACAGGGUUAUGAUACAUUGGUUGGUGAGCGUGGAGGAUUAUUAAGUGGCGGACAGCGGCAGAGGAUUGCCAUUGCUAGAGCUCUUCUAAAGAAUGCCCCCAUUCUCAUUCUUGAUGAAGCAACCAGUGCUCUGGACACUGUGAGCGAGCGUUUAGUACAGGAUGCGUUGAACCAUUUGAUGAAGGGAAGGACAACAUUAGUGAUUGCGCACAGGCUGAGCACUGUUCAGAAUGCAGAACGAAUCGCUCUCUGUUCCGAUGGAAAGAUUGCAGAGCUGGGGACACAUUUUGAAUUGCUGGGUAGGAAGGGUCAAUAUGCUUCUCUUGUUGGCUCUCAGAGACUUGCUUUUGAGUGAUCUGCUUAUAUAUAGGAUCAUCCUGAAAUUCCCCACAGAUAUAUACUUGGCUCUUUGAAUGUAACAAAAGAAACUAAUACACUCUUACUAUGUACUCGAUAUGAAACCAAUCAUCCUGAAAUUCCCCAUACACAUCAAUUCAUCAUUCUUGCCUUCUAUUGUAAUAGAAAAAUGUACUCAACAUGCAAAACCAAUGUAAUUAAGAAACAAACUGAACUUUAUUCACACAGCAGAUGAUCUGCAAUACUUUGUAUAGAGUAUCAUUUCUCUCUAUAAAAAACAGUUGGCUCACUA